UCAAUAUACGCGAGUUAGGUUAUGUUAUGUGAGUUCUUUGUGUACGUACGUGAUCUUGCACACUUUCAUUGUAUUUCGUCAAGAGGUCUUGAAGAUUUUCUUUUCUCUUUUUCCCCCUCAGUAUUCGAGUCUCAGAACCCCGGUAAAGACAUGGCCGUAACAACCAAGAAUUUAACAACCGAAAUGGGGGGAAUGGGAGUAUGGGUUCACGCACCAGAAGACGGGGCGCGAAGCUGUGUAUCUCAUACACUCUCACAUACUGCACAUUGAUGCUCUCUCUCCUAGCCAACACAUCUCUCGCUACCACCUGCUCCGAAAUUUCAUUGUCUUUCAUAGGAACACCACGAGUCCGUCUCAAUCAACCACUGUCCCACUGCUCAUCUUCCAACAUUCUGCCGGCAGUUGUUGUCCACCAUGAUACCAAGAGCCGUCAACGGCAGAAAAUUGGGGUAUGCGUAUGUACUGUACAUACAUUGAAUAUAUAUAAAUCUUCACCAAAAUUCGUCGUGGUGGA